AGCUUUCUCUGCUUGCAGCUCACCAACACCUUAACGUUCAACGCGUUAUCUAACAUGUUGGCCCUACGGAGAUGUUCAAGACGGUCCCUGGCACCAUUGGUCAGAGGGAACGCGACUCUUCAGUCCGCAAACCAGAGCGCGGACGCGUCGGCAGCUCCUCCACCAAAGAACGCGACGGAAGAGUCUCCGACACCGGCAGGUGCAGACGAGUCGUCGUCUACGAAAGGACCAUACAUUCGACCAGCUUACCCCCGUCGGCCCCGGCUCUCCCCGCAAAACCCGCGCGAAUGGAACCGUCCGCUCGCGUACGGCGUCCUCCCUGCGUUCGACGAGGCGCUCAAGUUCCUCAAGGCGGACUCGGCCGCGCUGAAGGAGCAGGCGAAGGUGCUCGAGGCGCGCAUUGAGGACAUGAAGAAGCAGGAGGGAGGAGUGGACGCGGACGCGGUGAGGCAGCUGGAGAGGGAGCUGGAGGAGUUGGAGGUGCAGAGCGAGAUUAACUUUCCCGAGGUGAGGUGGAAGGUUGCGAAUGGGAUGGCGGACAUGUCUCGGGCGGUGGAGAGGCGAUUAGUUGAGAGGCGUUGGCUGAAGGAGGGGGCUUUGGACUUGUUGAUGGAGCGUAUUCACCAAAUGAGCGUCGUGCCAGAUGUUUUGCCUGACUUGCACCCGUCUGUGGACUUGCGCUUGACGUACCCUGUGGAGGGCUAUCACAAACAUGUUGAGCCUGGGGUGUAUCUCACCGCUGAGCAGACGAGAGAUGCUCCCAAGGUGUUCACGACCGUGUUCCACCCCGAAGAGCGACUUUACACUUUGCUUAUGGUCGACCCCGACGUUCCCGAUGAGGCCAAUGCGACUUUCCAAAACUACGUCCAUUGGCUACAACCGAACAUUUCUUUGAAUGCGACCUCUUCGCCGCUGCUCUCAAUCUCGGAGGCGCAUACACCCUACGUUCCUCCUCACCCUCCAAAGGGCACGCGCUACCAUCGCUACACGACUAUGCUUCUGCCCCAGAAGUCGCGGAUAGACGUUCCCAAGCUCACGAACGAGACGCGUCUCGGCUUCAACGUCCGUGAGUUCCUGCAGAAGUACGAUCUGGACCCCAGCACGGGUGGCGGCGCGCACUUGUUCCGUGAGGUGUGGAGCGAGGGUGUUUCUUCGAUAUACAAGGAUAUCUUUGGCAUUGCGGAGCCGAAGUAUGGGUUCGUGCCCAAGUACGAUCCGUAUGCGGAGCUCAAGCAGCGGAAGCGCUAUGUGUAGUACGGGUAUGGGAGGAGUAAUAGGUGGUGAUAAUAACUAUAUCGUCGUAAUUUGCUAUAGAUUUGC